AUGUCAUCUCCAUCAAAGUGUCCCCUCGGCCAGCUCAUUUCAGCGGAUAUGACUGAUGAGGCACCAAAGACCCCUUCAGCUUUAACACUUGAAUCUACCACUUUCCAAACGAAUCCCGGUGAUAGAGAAGAAGCCCAGGCCUCUGCUUCAUCUGCAGCUGUAAAUACCAGUAGCGACGAUGUGAGCGCUGAAAGCACCACACAGGAAAGGGGAGAUAUAAAUAACAACGUUACGUCAGCUGCUUACGACCACACAACAACGAAUCAAACGGGUCUGGUUAUUGGAGUUGCCGCGGAGGAGGAGGAGCCAAUGGGAGGAAACUCAGACCCCCCCACUAAGAAAGAGACAGAGCCCAGUGCUGGGUCUUCGUGGGGUUAUGUGAUCCUGGUCCUGCUGCUGCUGCUGGUUGUGGCUCUUUGCAUCGUUCUCGUCCGCAUGAGGAGAGUCAGCCGGACGUACACCUUCGACCUGCAGCGCCCGCCUCCCCGCACCUGUGAACCAAUGGGAUCAUUCGAACCCGUUUAUCUGGACGAUCUGGAUUAUCAAGUUCAUACCACCGAAAUCCCAGAGCUUUUGGGAGGACAAGAGAACAAAACGGAAGACAAGGAACCUGAUAUAGAAGUUUCACAAACUAAUGGACUGCAGACAACAGCUCCCACUGAGUCCUGUCCCACUCCUGAGACCGGACCCGCCCAGGACCAGCAGAACCUGGACGAGCUGAACCAGGAACAGCAGGACCAGCAGGACCAGGACCAGCAGAACCCGGCCUCACGCUCCAGUCCGGUUCUAUUCAUUGAGGAAGAGGAGUUGAAUGCAAACAACAAUAAUCCAUCUCUGCGAUCCAGUGCUUUUGAGGAGAUAAACCUGGAGGAGUCUUCUGUUCUUCCAUUCUCAUCAUCGCCGCAGCAUCGACGCCUCUACUGA